UUCCUUCCCAUUCCCCUCCCCGUACACAACUUACAUACCCCGUACCUAGACCCGGCAUCUCGAUCAGACUUUGACUCUGCACUGCCGACUCUGGCAGAAGUCUGCUAUAUAUCAUCCGGCACUCUGUAUCCGGCUCGCCUCGCUGCCGAAGCCAAUAGAUGUCACGAAAUAUUCGCGAGGACUGUCGUAUGUAUGGCAAGGUGUCAACGAAUUUUUGCUUUAGCAUCGAGACGUGCUAUCGAACUCUCACUCAUGACGCUUUCGGCUGGGCUGACGACCACUCGCUCUCGGCUAGACAAAGGACAGAGAGCUGCCGAGGGGCUAGCUGAAAGAAUAUGCUCGUGA